CUACUUUAUUCCUGUUCUCCUCUCUAUAAGUUUUUUCUCCCGCUUCACAAUCAUCUCCACACCAAUGGCGUUGGUGACAAAAAACUUGGGCUUCUUGGUUUGUUUAUUGAUCUUGGCUUUGGAUGUCACAGCUGGGAUUCUUGGGAUUGAAGCUGAAAUAGCCGAAAACAAGGUGAAACAUGUGAGGGUGUUGAUCUUUGAGUGUAGAGAAUCAAGCCACCAAGCAUUCAAGCUAGGAUUGGCUGCGGUUGUGCUUCUAAGCCUUGCACAUGUUAUCGCUAUUUUACUUGGUGGGUGCGUUUGCGUUUGGUCUAAAGCUGAUAUGAAUAAUGCAACUCCCAACAAGCAAUUAGCUGUGGCUUCUCUCAUCUUUUCCUGGAUUACACUAGCACUUGCAUUCUCAAUGCUGAUCAUAGCAACUUUGACGAAUGCGAGACCAAGGAAAUCUUGCGGAUUGUCACACCAUCACCUAUUCUCCAUAGGAGGCAUUGUGUGUUUCAUCCAUGCACUCUUCACAGUUGCUUAUUAUGUAUCUGCUACAGCCUCAGCUCGAGAACAUAAGUAACCAAGGUCUGCAGGACCUACUUAAAACUAUUGCAUCUUUCUUUGCCCUUCAGAUUUCCAUAUUCUGUUUAUUGUCAAAAGAAUCUUACGAGGAACAAUAUUUAGAUUUAAAAAUUUCUUAUAUGAUUUGUUGAAACCUGAUUUGGUCGUUGUGUUGGAUUUGAUUUAUGUCUGAAAACAUUGUUUCAAUGCUAAAUAUAAUUCAUUAAAGGAGA